CCGAUAAAGAUUACAAAGAAAUAUUAUCAUCCAUGUCAGGGUGGUAUGACCGUCAUGGAUACAUCAAUAUGCUGAAAGUGUUGUACAGAGAUCUUGUAACAGAUCCUGAUAAGCUAUGUGCUGCGACAAAAGUGAUGGAUUUGUUUGAACUAUUACAUACCUCUGGACAUCUUAGUGGCACAAAUCUGACCAUCUUAAUUGAUACUAUCAAUGUAACUAAGCCAUUUGGUUUGGAGCCAGAAAUAAGAAGGCUGACAAUGACAACACUAUUGCCAGCGAGGACAGUAAUCAUAUCAAAAUUUACACGUAACAGACAAAUUCUGAUCGAGGUUGUUAACAAUCUCAAUGACGGUGAUGUCAAAGAGAUCUCAAAACAGUACAAUUGUUCACAAAAGGCCGACAGGUGGGAAUUAUUUGCAUAUUUGGAACAAAGAAACGUUUUUUGUGAAAAGAACAUGGAUAAUUUUAUGAGAACUAUAACAACAUCUCAAAUUAUUGAUUCACAAACUGACCCCCAAGGACUACCGUUUGCCGAAAGAGCAGCUAGCCAAAGAAAAUCUACCAUAGAUGACAAAGUACAGCUGAUGGUGAUUAAAGAUACAGAUGCUACAAACGAAAUUGGCCGAGCUAAAUCUUCAGAUAAUCUUUGCACGGUGGAAAACAAUAUCGUUAUUCAAGGCAAUCCAGGUUUUGUAACAGGCAGUCCAUUCAAUCAAUGUAAUAUUGGAACUGUUAAUGUUAGCACAACUGUAUUUCCUGCUACACAAGAUAAUGGUGUUCAACAUGUAGCUUCACCAUCCAGUCGACAAUCUCAGGAGCAGCUAAAAGUUAUCAAGGAUCAAUUGACAGCUCGACAGAAAAAGGUGUAUCAGGAUGUAAACCGAAUGACCCCGGCAACCUGGAAUAAGAAAUAUGAUAUAGACAUUAAUCAGGUAUUCACUAACCUCAUUCUACUAAAAUCGAAAAGAGAAAACAAAGAGAAACAAAGCAGAGGGACAACAACAGAUACAUCUGAGCCUGCACCUGAGCCUACAACAUUGACAGAGGUGUUGAGUAUUAUGAAAUCUACUGAUUCAUGUAAAACGCUAAUAACAGGUAAAGGAGGGAUGGGCAAAACCACCCUUCUCAGAUAUAUUGCUUAUAAUUGGGCUACUGACGUAGAUAAUACGUUUGAUGGUAAAAUAUUGUUUCUGAUAAACAUCAGAGACAUAAAAGAAAGUGCGAAUUUCCUGGAUGUAAUCAUGAGGCAAAUACAUUAUGCGAAAGAAAUAAUUCUGGAAAACAAUUUGCCAAAUGAUUCAGUUGAGAGAUUCUUGGUCAUUCAUGCUAAUGAAAUAGUAAUUUUAUUAGAUGGAUAUGAUGAGUUAGAAAGAAAUGCCAAAGACCCAGUAAAUUUAUUCAAAGGGCUUGAAUUAGGAAAAAGCACCGUGUUGUUAACAUCUCGGCCUGAGAAUAUAGAUGAUUUGAUUAAAAAUUGCGAUGUGCAAUUUGAAGUGAAUGGAUUUAGUAAAAUAAACAUUCGAGAGUAUAUUUAUAAAUAUUUUGCUUCAAUCAAUAAAAUUGAAUUGGGUAAAUCACUAAAUCAAGAGCUCGGACUAAUUUCAACUGAACAUGCAUAUUUUGCUGGUGGUAAUCGCAAAGUAACACUUGAAUUGUGCUCAUCUCCACUGUUAUUGCUUAAGGUUUGUACCAUAUGGGGACAGAAACAACAUAUUCCUGAAGACUUGUCAGAUCUUUUCAAGGAACUGUUUUGUUGCAUUUUAAAUCAAUACAAAAACAGGUCUGGAAAUAAAAUUGCUGUUUCCCAAUUUAAUAAAAUUCCAAAGGAAUAUAAAUGUGCCAUUCUGGCAUUAGGAAAAUGCAUCUAUGAAGGUCUACAGGAAAAUUUACUGACUAUAGACAAAUAUGAGUUAACAAAGAUACUUGAGAAUGACGAAGACCUAGUAGAUUUAGCACUGAAACCUGGAUUUGUUUAUAGAAAUAACCCUGUUUGUCCUGAUGAUUUAAAUGAAAUUUACACAACUCCACACAAGUUACUCUCUGAAGCGCUAGCGGGAUUUCAUGUGGCGGAACAAACUCAGAUAGAUCGUUUUAUAGUUGAUGAGUAUGAGAUGAUAAGAUCUAAUAAAUAUUUACACAUGACAAGAGUGUUUGCAAUAGGAUUUCUAGGUGAUGAUGCUGGUAAGUUACUAAAACAUUGGUUGAUAAUCGGGCCAUCAAAUUAUUAUUCAUUAGCACAAUAUUUUAGAUAUAUAAAAAAAGAACACCAGGAACACGUUCUACAAAUACUAGAUGAGCAUAUGUCAAUUGAAAUGAAAAACCAAUCUGAACAAAUGUAUGACUCAUUUGAAAAUGUUCUUCCUUGGCUUUGUGAUGAAAGUGUAACAGUAAGUAAGGGUGUACAUUUGAUAUCACUGAUGAGCCGGUGUUGUGUUAAGUAUGAAGAACAACCUGAAAAACUUGAGCAAUGUAUGCUAUCCAAUAUUGAAAAAUCUACUGAAAUCUCACAUAUCUGUUCAGUGCUAGUUCAUAUCUUAUUUAUACUCCAAGGAUUAGUUAGGGAUCAUUGUAGGGGAUGUAUAAACAUGUUUAACUACCUCAACAGUUGGAAAGAAACGGAAAUUGAUAUUCUUUCAGCUACAAUGGGGAAACUUAAAUUUCAAUAUACUUGGAUUGCCUUUGAAGUUUCUACCGAGAUGAAUCCUAAACUUCUGAUUUUGCUUUUGAAAAAUGCUUCUUAUUUGGCAUCUCUAAGCUUUUACUAUAACAGUGUAACUGGUGUAGUGUUGAAUCAAGUGUUAACUGACCUUCUUGAAAGUCAAACUUCCUUGAAACUAAGUGAACUUGAUCUUAGCAAAAAUGAUCUAUAUGAUGGAGUAUCAUUUGUAAAUUUAGUUAAAACUGCACCUCAAUUGAAAGUACUAAAAAUGAGUGACUGCAAAUUAACAGGAACAAUUCUAAAUGAAAUGGUCAUAGAGUGCCAGAGCUACCAAGUGGUAUUAAAUUUAAAACAUCUUGACAUCAGCCGUAAUAAUUUCAGAGGUAGUAAUGAGGCAAUACUUGUAAAUUUACUUAAAAUAGUUCCUAAACUGGAAUUUUUAGAUAUUAGUGAAAAUUACAUGACAUUUAGAUUUAGGUUUAACUUUGGUGAGGUAUUGCAAAAACUUGAUCUGAAUGGCAACGACCUUUCAAAUAUUAAUGGUGUAUUCCUUAUUAAGCUAAUGAGGUUAUUAGAUGAUGAUUCCUUUACAUGGGUUAAUUAUAGUCUUACAUGCGUUAACUUGCAAGAUCUUGUAAAUUCAUGUGGUGUAGAUGUUAGAUUGACAUGGAAUUACUUAAAAUUAAGUGGGAUUAAUCUAGCAUCAGUCAGUGGAAGAACAUUAGCACGUCUAAUUAAAAUUUCUCCACAACUGAGCCACCUUGAAAUGAAAAAUUGUAAUUUGUCAGGCAAUAGCAUAAGAGAUUUAUUAAAUGAAUGUGAUAACAUUGGUGUGGUAUUGAAAGACAAUAUGCUUAGACUACAGGUCAAUGAUCUUUCGGAUAUCGACGGUGUAUCACUUGCCAAGUUAGUGAGAAUGAUUGCUGAAUAUAAAUAUGAAUAUCCCGCUAAAAAAAAAAUCACAUGGUGUAAAUAUUGUCUUUCAGCUGUUAACUUGCAAGAUCUUGUAAAUGCAUGUGGGGUAGAUGGUAGAAUGACAUGGAAUAACUUAGAUUUAAGUGGGAUUAACCUAGCAUCUGUUAAUGGAAAAACAUUAGCACGUCUAAUCGAAAUCUCUCCACAACUGAGUCAUCUUAAUAUGAGAAAUUGUAAUCUGUCAGGCAGUAGCAUAAGAGAUGUAUUAAAUGAAUGUGAUAAGAUCGAUGUAGUAUUGAAAGACAAUAUGCUUAAACUAAAGGACAAUUUCAUUUUUUAUAUUGAUGGUGUAUCACUUGCAAAGUUUGUGAGAAUGAUUUCUAAAUCAGAAUAUUAUGAUAAUCAUCCCAUUAAUGAACCAUUCGCAUGGUGGAACUAUUGUCUUUCAGCUGUUAACCUGCAAGAUCUUGUUAAUUCAUGUGGUGUAGAUGGUAGAUUGCCAUGGAAUUGUUUAGAUUUAAGUGGGAUUAACCUAGCAUCAGUCAAUGGAAAAACAUUAGCACGUCUAAUACAAAUCUCCCCACAACUGUGCCAUCUUGAUAUGAGAAAUUGUAAUUUGUCAGGCAGUAGUAUAAGAGAUAUAAUAAUUGAAUGUGAUAAGAUCGGUAUGGUAUUGAACAGCAAUAUGCUCAGAGUAAGAUUCAAUAACCUUUCAGAUAUCGAUGGUGCAUCACUUGCUAAGUUAGUGAGAAUUAUUGAUGUGUGUCGUCAUGAUUAUUCCAAUUCUCCUUAUAAUUAUUUGAGUUUAGAAAGACGGGCUUCCCCACAAUACCAACAACCAUUCAUAUGGAACGAUUAUUGUCUUUCAGCUGUUAACUUGCAAGAUCUUGUAAAUUCAUGCGGUGACGAUGGUAGAUUGCCAUGGUCUAAUUUGGAUUUAAGUGGGAUUAAUCUAGCAUCCGUCAAUGGAAGAACAUUAGCACGUUUAAUUAAAAUUUCUCCACAACUAAGCAAUCUUGAUUUGAGAAAUUGUAAUUUGUCAGGCAGUAGUAUAAGAGAUGUAUUAAAUGAAUGUGAUAAGAUGGGUGUGGUAUUGAAAGGCACAGUUCUCAGACUAAAAGGCAAUGACCUCUCUGAUAUCGAUGGUGUAUUACUUGCUAAGUUAGUGAGAAUUAAUCCUGACUGUGAUUAUGAUUAUUCCAAUUUUCCUGAUAAACUAUUGCUGAUGUCUAUAUUAGGAGGUCGGGCUUUCAUGUCAAAAUCAUUCAUAUGGAACGAUUAUUGUCUUUCAGCUGUAAACCUGCAAGAUUUUGUAAACUCAUAUGGUGUGGAAGAUGGACUCACGUGGAAUAAGCUAGAUUUAAGUGGGAUUAAUCUAUCAUCCGUCAAUGGAAAAACAUUAGCACGUCUAAUUAAAAUCUCUCCACAACUAAGCGAUCUUGAUAUGAGAAAUUGUAAUUUGUCAGGUAGUAGUAUAAGAGAUGUAUUAAAUGAAUGUGAUAAGAUGGGUGUGGUAUUGAAAGACAAUAUGCUCAGACUAAAAGGCAAUGACCUCUCCGAUAUCGAUGGUGUAUCACUUGCUAAGUUAGUGAGAAUAAAUGCUGCAUUCGAUUAUGAUUAUUCCAAUACUUCUAAUCAAUGUUUAAGAUUACAAAGUCAGGCUUCCCUGUCGGAACCAUUCAUAUGGAAUGAUUAUUGUUUUUCAGCUAUAAACCUGCAAAGUUUUGUAAAUUCAUGUGGUGUAGAAGGUAGACUACUAUGGACUAAUUUAAAUUUAAGAGGGAUUGACCUAGCAUCAGUCAAUGGAAGAACAUUAGCACGUCUAAUCAAAAUCUCUCCACAGCUGAGCAAUCUUGAUAUGAUAAAUUGUAAUUUGUCGGGUAGUACUAUAAGAGAUGCAUUAAACGAAUGUGAUAAAAUGGGUGUGGUAUUAAAAGGCAUAAUUCUCAGACUAAAAGGCAAUGACCUUUCAGAUAUCGAUGGUGUAUCACUUGUUAAGUUAGUGAGAAUGAUUACCGGUACUGUAUGUCGUUUUAAAGAUCGGGCUUCCCUACCAGAACCAUUCAUAUGGAAUGAUUAUUGUUUUUCAGCUGUAAACCUGCAAGAUUUUGUAAGUUCAUGUGGUGUAGAUGAUAGACUAAUAUGGACUAAUUUAAAUUUAAGUGGGAUUAAUCUAGCAUCCGUCAAUGGAAGAACAUUAGCACGUCUAAUCAACAUCUCUCCACGGCUAAGCCAUCUUGAUUUGAGAAAUUGUAAUUUGUCAGGCAGUAGUAUAAGAGAUGUAAUAAAUGAAUGCGAUAAGAUGGGUGUGGUAUUGAAAGGCAAAAUGCUUAAAAUAAAAGGCAAUGAUCUCUCAGAUAUCGAUGGCCUAUCACUUGCUAAGUUAGUGAGAAUGAAUGCUGCAUUUGGUUAUUCCAAUACAUUUAAUCAACGUUUGAGAUUACAAGGUCGGGCUUCCCUGCCAGAAAUAUUCAUAUGGAAUGAUUAUUGUUUUUCAGCUGUAAACCUGCAAAGUUUUGUAAAUUCAUGUGGUGUAGAAUGUAGACUACUAUGGACUAAUUUAGAUUUAAGUGGGAUUAACCUAGCGUUAGUCAAUGGAAGAACAAUAGCAUAUCUAAUCAAAAUCUCUCCACAACUUAGCCAUCUUGAUAUGAGAAAUUGUAAUUUGUCAGGCAGUAGUAUAAGAGAUGUAGUAAAUGAAUGUGAUAAGGACGAUGUGGUAUUGAAAGACAAUAUGCUUAAACUAAAGGACAAUGACCUUUCAGAUAUCAAUGGUGUAUCACUUGCUAAGUUAGUGAGAAUUAUUGUUGUAUGUAGUUACGAAUAUUUCAUGGCAGGAUAUCGGACUUUCUCACAUAAAUCACAAACAUUCAUAUGGAAUAAUUAUCGUUUUUCAGCUAUUAACCUGCAAGAUCUUGUAAAUUCAUGCGGUGACGAUGGUAGAUUACCAUGGUCUAAUUUAGAUUUAAGUGGGAUUAAUCUAGAAUCCGUCAAUGGAAGAACAAUAGCACGUCUAAUUAAAAUUUCUCCACAUCUAAGCGAUCUUGGUAUGAGAAAUUGUAAUUUGUCAGGUAGUACUAUAAGAGAUGUAUUAAACGAAUGUGAUAAGAUGGGUGUGGUAUUAAAAGGCACAAUUCUUAGACUGAAAGGCAAUGACCUUUCAGAUAUCGAUGGUGUAUCACUCGCUAAGUUAGUGAGAAUGUUUACUGUAUGUUCCAAUACUUCUCAUAUCUGUUCUAGGUUUAUUGAAGAUCAGGCUUUCCUACUAGAACCAUUCAUGUGGAAUGAUUAUUGUUUUUCAGCUGUAAACCUGCAAGAUUUUGUAAGUUCAUGUGGUGUAGAUGAUAUACUAAUAUGGACUAAUUUAAAUUUAAGUGGGAUUAAUCUAGCAUCCGUCAAUGGAAAAACAUUAGCACGUCUAAUCAACAUCUCUCCACAGCUAAGCCAUCUUGAUUUGAGAAAUUGUAAUAUGUCAGGCAGUAAUAUAAGAGAUAUAUUAAAUGAAUGUGAUAAGAUGGGUGUGGUAUUAAGAGGCAGCAUGCUUAGGUUACAGGAUAAUGACCUUUCAGCUGUUAACUUGCAAGAUCUUGUAAAUUCAUGCGGUGACGAUGGUAGAUUAUGGUCUAAUUUGGAUUUAAGUAGGAUUAAUCUAGAAUCCGUCAAUGGAAGAACAAUAGCACGUCUAAUUAAAAUUUCUCCACAUCUAAGCAAUCUUGAUAUGAGAAAUUGUAAUUUGUCAGGUAGUACUAUAAGAGAUGCAUUAAACGAAUGUGAUAAGAUGGGUGUGGUAUUGAAAGGCACAAUUCUUAGACUGAAAGGCAAUGACCUUUCAGAUAUCGAUGGUGUAUCACUUGUUAAGUUAGUGAGAAUGUUUGCUGUAUGUCGUUAUGAUUAUUACAAUAGUUUUCAUAACCGUUUUAGGUUUUUUGAAAAUCGGGCUUCCCUACCAGAACCAUUCAUAUGGAAUGAUUAUUGUUUUUCAGCUGUAAACCUGCAAGAUUUUGUAAGUUCAUGUGGUGUAGAUGAUAGACUAAUAUGGACUCAUUUAAAUUUAAGUGGGAUUAAUCUAGCAUCCGUCAAUGGAAGAACAUUAGCACGUCUAAUCAACAUCUCUCCACAGCUAAGCCAUCUUGGUAUGAGAAAUUGUAAUUUGUCAGGCAGUAGUAUAAGAGAUAUAUUAAAUGAAUGUGAUAAGAUGGGUGUGGUAUUAAGAGGCAGUAUGCUUAGGCUACAGGAUAAUGACCUUUCAGCUGUUAACUUGCAAGGUUUUGUAAAUUCAUGCGGUGACGAUGGUAGAUUACAAUGGUCUAUUUUGGAUUUAAGUGGGAUUAAUCUAGCAUCCGUUAAUGGAAGAACAAUAGCACGUCUAAUUAAAAUUUCUCCACAUCUAAGCAAUCUUGGUAUGAGAAAUUGUAAUUUGUCAGGCAGUAGUAUAAGAGAUGUAUUAAACGAAUGUGAUAAGAUGGGUGUGGUAUUAAAAGGCACAAUUCUCAGACUAAAAGGCAAUGACCUUUCAGAUAUCGAUGGUGUAUCACUCGCUAAGUUAGUGAGAAUUAUUGCUGUGUGUCGUUAUGAUUAUUCCAAUUUUCGUUAUAACCAAUUGAGUUUAGUACGGGCUUCCCCACAAUACCAACAGCCAUUCAUAUGGAACGAUUAUUGUCUUUCAGCUGUUAACUUGCAAAGUCUUGUAAAUUCAUGCGGUGAAAAUGGUAGAUUGCCAUGGUCUAAUUUAGAUUUAAGUGGAAUUAUUCUAGCAUCCGUCAAUGGAAGAACAAUAGCACGUCUAAUUAAAAUCUCUCCACAACUAAGCAAUCUUGAUAUGAGAAAUUGUAAUUUGUCAGGCAGUAGUAUAAGAGAUAUAUUAAUUGAAUGUGAUAAGAUGGGUGUGGUAUUGAAAGGCAAAAUUCUCAGACUAAAAGGCAAUGACAUUUCAGAUAUUGAUGGUGUAUACCUUGCUAAAAUAGUGAAAUUAUCAGUCGAUGUACCUUUCAAAUGGCAUGAGUAUUUUCUUUCUACAGCUAACCUUCAAGACCUUGUAAGUUCACUUGGUAAAGAUAAUUCAAAUAUUGAGAUAGAUUUGAGUAAUAUUAAUCUGUCUGAAUUAAAUCCUUCAUUUUUCAGUACAUUAGGAAAUAUCUACAAUAUUAUAAUGAUCGAUUGUAGUCUACGUAAGAGUAUGUUGCAUGAUUCGGUGCAGAUGCUUUCAGAUCGUAACGUCAAAUUAGCACUUGUUAAACUAGAUCUCGGCAAUAACAACCUUGCUGAAUUAAGUGGACAGUCACUAACUUCACUUUUAUGUAUUUUCCCUAACUUACGACAACUGAGUAUGAGCAGGUGCCAUUUGCGGAGCAUAGUAUUAUAUGAUAUGGUUACAAAAUGCAAAGAAAGAAAUAUUGUUUUUAGAAUCACUGACCUUGAUCUUAGUGGCAAUGAUUUUAGUAGCCUUAAUGGGGCAACAAUCUCUGCUUUGUCUAGACAUAUCCCUUUUCUAAAACGCCUCAACAUGAGUGACUGUAGUUUAUCAGGUAGCAUUAUGGAGGAUUUAUCAAAGAUAUCUUCAGAUGGAAAAAGAAUGAUGGCGUUAAAAAACGUAAACCUAAGUGGCAACAAUUUUAAUGUACUUUGUAAAACAAUAGCUGCGCCUGGGUUUAAUGGUUUGAUAAGAUUUGUUCCUGGUUUGAAGACACUUGAUAUUAGUAAAUGUAGUCUAUCAGGUAGCAUUGUGCAACAUUUGUGUUCAGAAAACAAUAAAUUGAUGAAAUUAACAAGCAUUUCUCUUGGAGGGAAUGAUCUCAGUGGUCUAAAUUGGUCAUCAAUUGCUUCAGAAUUUCUAUUUACAUUUACAAGACUUAAGAUUCUGAAGAUAAAUGAUUGUCAUUUGACAGGUAGUGGUCUACAUAAUAUAGCAAAUUACUUCUCAAAGACAGGUCUAGGUUAUAUUUUGAAAUUAACUGAAGUUGAUCUGAGUAAUAAUGAUCUGGGUAACGUUGACGUACCUUCAUUAUUACCAUUAAUACAAGCUGUACCGAAAAUGGAAGUCCUCAACAUAAGUAACUGUAAUAUAAAGGGUAAAGAUGUAACUGAUUUAAUACAUGUUUUAUUAUAUGUAGAUUCCUGGUCUUCAUUGCGUCAUUUUUAUGUUCACAAGAACAAUUUCAGUGACAUUGAUGGGUCAUCCCUAGCUUCUAUCUCGUCAUUUAAUCAUUUAUUAUAUCUAGAUGUAUCUUCUUGUCAUUUAAAUGAUGACAUUUUUAUAGACAUGGUAGAUUCAUGGAAAUUUGAGAGUCUUCAUUCAUUACAAAUUAACAUUCGUGAUAACAAUGUAGUUAAUAAGUUCAAGGUUGAAAAGAAACUUAGUGCUAUCACAUGCGACCUUAAAACUGAUUGA